AUGGCUGGUGCUGCCCUGUGUUUGAAGCUCUCCUCCCCCAGCCCCUUGCACUUUAAAAGGUUUUCCCCAAAGACAGCAGGCAUUCUGGAGAAGCCUCCAGGAGAAAGGCCUAGAUGGAUGCAGCUUCACAAUCCCCACCCUUGGCAUCUAGCACGCAGGCUCCGUAUGUUUAUGGGAUUUGCAGUGGCUUAUCAGAGCCGCCAUCAUCACCUGCAGAAGCAAUUCCAAACCUGCCCUGCCAGAGCAGCUUCCUUCAUAGCUUUAACCCUUCCUGAGGCCCUAGUGCCAGGGCUCCCUGUGCAAGGAGCAGUGCUGGCUCCGGACAGGGAAAUCCUGGAGGCUGGAGCCCCCCAGCCGCUCUGCCAGCCCCAGCAGCUCCCUUGCUCUGAGGAUGUGUCCUCCACCAGGCCCGAGGUCGCCAGCAUUGAGCUGGCGGAGCAGGGUGAGCGCCAGUGUUCACAGAAAGCUCUCGUCCAGGCCCGGUCCUCGCAGCCCACGCGUCAGACAAGCAUCAUCUUUGCUGAAGAUAUAACAACUGGACAAGUGCUUCGAUGUGAUGCAAUAGUUGAUAUAAUUCAUGCGAUCCAAAUUGUGUCCACAACAAGAGAACUUUAUCUUGAAGAUUCACCACUGAAGCUAAAAAUUCAGGCUUUGGAUUCUGAAGGAAACACUUUCAGCACAUUGGCAGGGUUAGUCUUUGACUGGACAAUAGUAAAAGACACAGAGGCCGAUGGCUUCUCGGACUCCCACAAUGCCCUACGUAUACUCAAGUUCUUAGAAUCUACCUAUAUACCUCCUUCCUACAUAUCAGAGAUGGAAAAAGUGGCCAAACAAGGAGAUACCAUUUUGGUAUCUGGAAUGAAAACAGGCAGUUCUAAAUUAAAAGCAAGAAUACAGGAGGGUGUCUACAAGAAUGUACAUCCUGCAGAAGUCAGAUUGCUUAUUUUGGAAAACAUCCUUUUAAAUCCAGCAUAUGACAUUUACCUCCUGGUAGGAACAUCAAUCCAAUACAGAGUUCAGAAAAUAAGACAAGGGAAGAUUACAGAAUUAAUGAUGCCCUCUGAUCAGUAUGAACUGCAGCUGCAGAACAACGUAGUCGGCCCCGAGGGAGAUCCAUCCCGGCCAGUUGCCAGCCUGGAUCAGGCAACGUCCAUCGUAACUGCAGUGCAGCCGGGACAGGCUAAUCUCAUUCUUGGGCACAAGAGUAUUCGCAUGCAAGGGGUGUCCAGACUACCAAACAGCACCAUCUAUGUUGUGAAUCCAGGUUAUUUAGGAUUUACAGUUCACCCUGGUGAUAGAUGGGUCCUAGAAACAGGCAGAACUUAUGAAAUUACCAUUGAAGUGUAUGAUAAAUCAAGCAAUAAGGUGUAUUUAUCUGACAAUAUUAGAAUUGAUACCAAGCUGUCCAAAGAAUAUUUUGAGGUUCUGAAAUCAUCUUUGAAUGGAUCAUAUCAUUAUGUGAAAGCAAUAAAGAAGGGUCAGACCAUUAUUGAUGCUGCACUGACAUCUGUAGUAGAUCAGGAUGGAGGUGUUCAUACAUUGCCAGUUCCAGUGCGAAACCAGCAGGAUGUUGAAAUUUAUGUUCCAAUAGUUCUUUCACCCAGCAUUUUGACGUUUCCGUGGCAGCCAAGAGCAGGAACCUACCAGUACACCAUACAGGCCCAUGGCGGAAGUGGAAAUUUCAGCUGGUCCUAUUCUAACCAGGCAGUUGCUACAGUGACAGUCAAGGGAGUUAUGACAACUGGAAGUGACAUUGGUGUCAGUGUCAUUCAGGCAAUUGAUGUUCAGAAUCCACUGCACUAUGGAGAAAUGAAGGUGUACGUGACUGAACCCAGGGGGAUGGAGUUCCUGCCGUGCCAAGUUGAAGCGCGCAUUGGCCAGACGUUGGAGCUGCCCCUGCGGAUCAACGGCCUAACGAACGUGGAGACGGGCGAGACGGUCCCACUGAGCGACUGCUCGCACUUCGAUCUGGUUGUGGAAGUAGAAAACCGAGGGGUGUUCAGGCCACUUCAAGGGAGACUUAAACCAACUGCAGAUUUUUGUAGUGGAGUCAGAGUGAAAGCUGAAACUCAAGGAUACACAACACUUGUUGUUAGCUAUACCCAUGGUCAUAUCCACCUCAGCGCUAGCAUCACCAUUGCUGCCUAUCUGCCAUUAAAAACUAUUGAUCCUCCAUCUGUUGCUUUAGUGACUUUGGGUUCCUCUAAAGAUAUGUUAUUUGAAGGAGGACCCAGACCGUGGGUGCAAGAACCUUCAAAGUUCUUCAGGAACAUCACUGCUGAGGACACAGAAAGUGUUGGUCUCUCUCUGUUUGGAUUUCCUACGUCUCGGAAUAAUAUGCAGCAUUGGAUUAGAGCAUCUUGCAAAAGCCUGGGAGAACAAGUUAUUGCCUUGACAGUUGGAAACAAUCCCACAAUCACCAAUCCUUUUCCAGCCGUUGAACCUGCUGUUGUGAAGUUUAUCUGUGCUGUCCCUUCACGACUCACUUUGACUCCUGUUUAUUCAAGUCCUCAGAUUGAUCUCUCAUGUCCUUUGCUGCAACAAAACAAGCAGGUGGUGCCUGUUUCAAAUUAUCGCAAUCCAGUAUUGGACUUGACUGCGUAUGACCAACAGGGCAGUAAAUUUGAUAAUUUCAGUUCUCUUAGCAUUAUCUGGGAAUCAACAAAAAUGUCUCUAGCUAAUAUAGAGCCAGAUAUGUUAAUGGAGCUCACUCUGAAGGAAGAUGCCGGCGGUCAAAAGAAAAUGCAUGGUUUGCAAACUGUCUUGGUUCAUCAUGUAUCUGGAACCACUGUGAUCUCCGCAACUGCAACAGGAUACCAGCAAUCUCAUCUCAAAGCAGCUAAAGUGAAAGCACCGUAUGAACCUCUUCUACCUGUGUCUGCCACUAUUGAGCUGAUGCUAGUGGAAGAUGUGAAAGUGAGCCCUACCGAUGUCUCCAUUUACAACCAUCCCGAGAUCCAGGCAGAGCUGUUCAUCAGAGAAGGUUCUGGAUAUUUUUUCAUUAACACAAGUGUUGCAAAUAUUGUAAGAGUGGCUCAUGAAGACACUCAAGGUAUAGCUCUGGUGCAUCCUUUGCUUCCAGGAUCAGUGACCGUGAUGAUUCAUGACUUGUGUUUGGCUUUCCCUGCACCAGCGAAAGCUGAAAUUUAUGUAUCCGAUAUACAGGAGGUGUACAUCCGAGUUGUUGACAAGGUGGAGAUUGGAAAAACAGUUAAAGCUUCCGUCCGAGUUGUGGAUGAUGCUAAGAAACCUUUUCUGGUGAAAUACUUUGCUGUCAUGGAUCUAAAACUAAGGGCAGCUUCUCAGAUUGUUUCGCUUGUCCCACUUGGUGAAGCUCUCGAUGACCACACUGCCGCUUUUCUUGUGCAUGGAAUGGCCAUAGGUCAGACUAGUCUUAUGGCAACUGUCGCUGACAGAAGAGGACAAAGAAUUAACUCUGCUCCACAACAGAUUGAAGUUUUUCCUCCAUUCAGACUACUGCCAAGGAAAGUGACCCUGAUCAUAGGUGCAAUGAUUCAGAUCACUUCAGAAGGAGGCCCUCAACCUCAAUCCAACAUAAUUUUCUCCAUUAGUGAUGAGACGAUUGCGUCAGUGAACAGCACUGGACUAAUCAGGGGACUGGCAAUUGGGAAUGGGACAGUGACAGGAGUGGUACAGGCUGUUGAUGCAGAGACGGGAAAGCUUGUUGUGGUGUCCCAGGACAAAGUGGAAGUUGAAGUAGUACAGCUGACAGCUGUUAGAAUUCGUGCACCAAUUACACGAAUGAAAACUGGUACACAGAUGCCAGUUUAUGUGAUGGGCAUCACUAGCAGUCAGACUCCUUUUUCAUUUGGCAAUGCAAUACCAGGAUUAACAUUUCACUGGUCUGUCACAAAAAGAGAUAUCUUGGAUAUCAAGACAAGACACAAUGAGGCUUCUUUUCAACUUCCGGCAAAAUAUAACUUUGCAAUGGAUGUUUAUGGCCGAGUAAAGGGAAGAACAGGUUUGAAAGUUGUCGUCAAGGUCCUUGAUCCUGCAGCUGACCAGUUUUACAACAUGGCAAGAGAACUGUCAGAUGAAAUCCAAAUCCAGGUCUUUGAAAAACUUCACCUAGUUACUCCAGAAGUAGAAGCAGAGCAGAUCUUAAUGUCACCCAACUCCUUCAUUAAACUUCAGACAAACAGGGAUAGAGUGGCUUCACUAAGUUACCGUGUCCUGGAUGGACCAGAUAAAGUUCCUGUUGUGCAAAUUGAUGAGAGAGGUUUCCUUAACUCUGGGUCCUUGGUAGGAUCAUCAACAAUUGAAGUAAUUUCGCAAGAAUCAUUUGGAAUCAACCAGACUGUUAUCGUUGCAGUUAAGGUUUACCCCAUCUCCUACCUAAGAAUCUCCAUGAGUCCUAUUCUGCACACACAAAACAAGGAGGCCCUGUUGGCUCUUCCGCUGGGUGUGACACUGACCUUUACAGUCCAUUUUCAUGACAACUCCGGAGACACCUUUCACUCACAUAACUCUGUGCUCAACUUCGCAACAAACAGAGAUGACUUUGUACAGAUUGGGAAAGGAGCCACAAACAACACGUUCGUAAUCCGAACUGUAAACGUGGGCUUGACCUUGCUGAAGGUUUGGGAUGCCGAGCAAAGCGGAAUUGCAGACUACGUCCCGCUGCCCGUGCAACACGCCAUCUUCCCGGAGCUCGCGGACGUGGUGGUGGGCGACGUCCUGUGUUUGAGCACUUCACUUACAAAUCACGAAGGCCUGCCAGGAGUGUGGAGCUCCUCUCAGAGCAGCCUUCUCCAAAUCGACUCCAAGACCGGCGCAGCUGUGGUGAGGGAUUCUGGGCUGGUCACUGUUUACUAUGAGAUUCCUGGCUUGCUUAAGACAUACAGAGAGAUCCUGAUUAAUGUACCUCAGAGUACUACAGCAAUGCAUGUAAGUGGAGUACAAACAAGCUUGCAAGGAGUUGCAGCCUCCAAAGUAAUAGUUUCAGUCGGGGAAAGAAGUAAAAAUUUGAAAGGGGAGUGCUUGGCUGCUCAAAUUGAAGCCAUUGCUGAAUUACAACCAGAGUCCAUUAUCAGUUGCCACCUAAAUUUUGACAGUGAUGCCUUUGAUUUCCCAGCACGUGAUAUUUUCUUAGCAGAACCUGGAUUUGAUGCAAUUUCAGGACAUUACACCUGUUCCAUCACUAUGCACAGGCUGACUGACAGGCAGCUGAAGCAUCUCAGCACGAGGAAGACUGUGCUCAGAGUUGCAGCUUCAGUCCAAGGCAGCCGUUUCUCCGGAGAGCAGAUCAGUGCCGAGGUGCCGUUCAAUCCGGGGUUUUAUGCUGACCAAACAGAAAUGCUAUUAAGUAACCAUUACACAAGCUCUGAUGUGAAAAUAUUUGGUGCCACGGAAAUUCUCGAUACCCUAGAGGUGAAAUGUGAGUCACCAAUGGUAAAGGCAUUUAAGAAGGAGAAAUCCUAUGGACUACCUAGUUACGUGGUCUACACUGUUAGUCUGUCCGAUCUCAGAGUGUCAAGCCAGGGAUCUUUAUCAACCGCUCUAACCAUCUCUAGUCCAAUGACUGACCAAUCUAUCACUAUCCCAGUGACAGUGAUUUACUUGACUGACAGAAGCAGUGCACAAGUGAGACAUGGAUCCAGUUUAUUCCAGCAUUUUCCCGAUUCCUAUCAAGUAAUGUUCUUCACGCUUUUUGCAGUAUUAGGAGGGACAGCUCUUAUGAUCAUAGCUUAUCAUGCAGCUUUCUCAACAAAAGAAGAACAAACUUACCCAGCAUUUACCCCAAGGACAACUCCUCAACCCAGCCAUAACAGUAAGCAGCUGUUACACAGUUAUAAAUGAAAUU